AUGGUGUUCAUGGCACUGGACGUUUUAGUUGAUGCUAAGGGCUUGCUGACUUUUCCGGAUUCGGCUGAAACUGAAAACGGUUUUUUGUAUGCAACGGUGGGACCAAAUUGCCGAAAUCGUACCUUUUGUGAACAUACAGACAAUUACCCUGAAAAAUUAUUUCAGCAAGUUUUAAAAAAUGAAAAGCAGUACUCCCAAUUCUUUCGAAAUUUGGAGAAACUCGAGCCUCUAAUUACCCGAGAUCAGAAAAAUAAUCAAAAUUAUGUUUGCUUAUCACGUAAAAGUGUCGUGUACCCAAAGGUGGCUUACAAUAUGAAAAAUGAGCUGAAAUUUAUUUAUAACUUGGACAGAUAUAAACAAGGAGUGUCCGUAGACGUCUGUGUGAGGAAUCAAAAGUGCAAGUUUUACGACAAUGUUAAAAAAUUUAAAACAAUGUGUCGUCAAAAGUUUGUCGAAAAAUUGCUCUUGACUGCAGAUGCAGAUGGAAAACCGUACGUCGAUAGAUACCGAUUUCCCUCAGCUUGUGUCUGUUCCUACAAGAGUAAGAGUAGCAGCUAUUCCCCUUUAAAAUUUUACGGUUAAACAAUCAUUAUGGUAAUUUAUGAAAAAAGUUAACAAAGUUGGGACUUUGUGGAGAAGUGAACUGAGACGAUUUUAUCCCUGUAAUUAUCACAGUAUUAGAUGGGAGAAAAGGAGAGAAAUUAAUCACAAUUUAGUGGAAAUCCAAGCUAAUAAUUCUUGAAAAGUAAUUAUGUGUGAUUUAAUGGAUUCUAAAAGAAUUCAACUUUCGAGGACUGAAAUUUCAUGCUAGUCAAGUUUCUAUUUAUUUUUGUAUGUUUUACCAGUGUGUGUAAAUUAUUUCAACAUUUUAUAAAAUAUUAUGUUAGAAUUAAUUAGUCAUAAAAUAUGUAAACAGUUGUAACGUUAU